AUGAAUGCCUUUAUUGUCAUUGCAAUUGGCAUUGAGUGGAAGAAACACAGACAACUGCAAUCUAGUGACCAGAUUUUGAUGUGCUUGGCUCUUUCCAGGUUGUCCUUGCUGUUGAUGACAUUGGCUACCAACUUCUUGCUCACUGUCUUCCCUCAUCUACAGUUCCACACAAAUGAAUUUGGCAUGGUGAUGCGCUUAUUUUUUAGUAACACCAGCAUCUGGUUCGGUACUUUGCUCUCAGUAUUUUAUUGCAUGAAAAUCUCUACUUACAAUCAUUCCUUAUUCAUGUCCGUGAAGACCAGGAUCUCCAAGUUUGUUCCUUGGUUAAUUGUCGGAUCUCUCUUGGCCUCACUGGCUUCUAGUCUUCCUAUAGGUUGGUGUGUCUUCACACAGAACAGUUUGGUUUCAUCCAACAUUACCUUGCUUGCAAAUGUUCUGAAUUUCAGCAACCUAUUCCUCAUCUAUAAUAUUGGCUCCUCUCUACCACUUGUCCUGUGUUGUGUUUCGGUUGUCCUUCUUAUGAAGUACCUCUGGGAACACACUAGGAAAAUGAAAGAAAGUGGAACUUUCCACAACCCAACAUUAGAAUCUCAUUUCAGAGUUUUACGAAGUAUGGCUUUUUUUUUCUUCUUAUAUGUCUCCUACUAUAUCAUUGUUAAUUUGACAACCACUGGAGUAGUCAGACAUGACAGUCCUUGGAUUAUUUUAUGCUCAAUCUUUACUUCUGCUAUACCAGUUCUUCAUUCUGCUGUCUUAAUCUUCAGCAACUCAAAACUACGACGUGCAUUUCAGAGUCUUUUCUGUCUUCCCAACAACCUUUUAACUCAAGGUUGA